UUGCAGAGCUGUGCACAACCUCCCCAAUGAUUGAAAGAGUCGGCGCCGAUUACUGUAACAAAUUGCAACAUCCACGCCUGUUAAAAACACACUUUUCUCACCACAAUUGCCCCCAAAACAACCUGUCAAAAUAUAUUUUUGCUUGUAGAAACCCAAAAGAUUGUUUAGUUUCAUACUACCAUCACAACAAAAAUUUUAAAAUUUAUGAUUGGGCAGACGGCAAUUUCGACCAAUUUUUCCAACUUUUUAUUGAAGGAAAAUUGGCUUUUGGAGAUUAUUUUGAACAUUUAAAGAGCUGGCUUCCACAAAAACUUAACAACAAAAAUUUAUUGUUUUUAAAAUAUGAGGAUAUGUUGAAGGAUUUGAAAGGAGCGAUAAUUUUAAUUGCCAAAUUUUUGGGGGAAAAUUCAGCAAACUUAAUUGAAAAUAGUCAAAUUUUGGAAAAAAUUAUUAAAGAAAGUCAAUUGGAGUCUAUGCAGCAAAAUCAGACUAGAUGGUUUCCGGGGAAUGCUUUGCACAAUGAGUCAUUUAUUAGGAAGGGAUGUGCCCGCGACUGGAAGAAUUAUUUGAGUAGAGAACAGAGCGAUUUAAUUGAUGAGUUAUUCAAACAAAGAAUGGCUGGGACAGAAGCUGAAAAUUGGUGGAAGGAUGAAAUGAGAUGGGAAGAUGAUGAAGACGAAAAUGAAGAAUAUAAACAACACCAAAGCGAAGAAGAAACAACAAAUAACGAUUCUGGAAUGGAAAGUGGAGAUGACGAGGAAAAUUGUUUUGAAAGUCAAAAUAGAAGGGAUUCUGUUACUUCUGAAUGUUAUUCGACUACGAGUUGUUCUUCUGAUACUUCUUCAAAUUUUUGA